UAUACAAGAGAGCCACAAUGAUGACUUCCUGGGAAGUGGUGUGAUGGGAACUGAACUCCAAGCUGCUGACCAAUCAGGAGGAGGCAGUGCAGCCACCCCAGCAGCAGCAGCAGCAGCAUCACUCAGACUGCUUGUAGUGGCUGUAGCGUGGGGGAUCUGGAGAUCUGGACACCCUCUGCUCUGAAGGACUGUCUACUCCUCUCAUGUGCGUUUUACCAGAUGGAAGCAGAGGUGUUGAACCACCAGAGGAUGGCGGACGUGAAUGGCAACAGUAAAAUCUCCAACGCGGAGCUGGAGGUGUUAAAGCUCCAAGAGCUGGUCCGAAAAUUGGAGAAGCAGAACGAACAAUUAAGGACCAAAGCGAACGCUGUAAACAAUUGUUCCUUGGGCCCUCCUCCUGUCCAGACGGCGCUGUCGUGUCUGCAUACGGCUGCGACGGGUCUGACGGACAGUUUCUCCGGUAAACGUGACGUUUCGAGCCUGACGCGGUGCGAUUCCGCUGGCUCGGCCGACGAGCCUAUCGCUUAUUUCCAGCCGAGCUCCGUGUCUCCUGAGGCGGCUGCGGAGGACAGCGGAGCCGCCGGUGCCACGACUGUUCUGGAUGAGGUGGAUGUUUUAGACCUGAACGCCGUGCUUCCCAUUGGAGAGCCUGAUCGCUGGCUGUAUGAGAGCCCGAAAGCUAAACUCCAUGGUGGAAGCCUCCUCAGCCCUCUUCAGUGGUGCAGGCAGGUCCUGGACCACCCUGGGCCUGAGGCGGAGCUGGCUAAGAUGACCUUCUGCCACAGACUUGACCAAGCAAAGCGGUGGCGAGGCCUCUCCUCUGUCCGUCCCUACAGCUGCAUAGAGGGCCUCUCUACCCUCAGCUGUCCUGUCCUGCCUUACACUAAACCUGCUGCACUAACUGAGACCCCAGCUCCGUUGUCAUCAUCUGGCCACUCUGUCAUUCAGCCAACCCCCCCACUCAGGACCAGCUGCAGCCUUGCAGACAGAGCCCCCACGUUCCUGUCUAACUCGGCUCUCCACAAUGUGGGUCGACGCCAGGCAGCCAUCACGCCCCAGUCUUCCCUGGACAGCGAGGUGGGGGUGUCAGAGUUGGAGGAUGACUCCAUCUCCAUGAGCUACAAGCUGCAGGACAUGACCGAUGUGGAGGUCAUGGCGCGACUUCAGGAGGAGAGCCUCCGACAGGAUUAUGCAUCUACCUCAGCCACGGUCAGCCGCCGCAGCUCCAGCUUCUCCUUGCGCUCCCUCCGGCGCAGCGAGAUGGAUCUGGAGGAGGAGGAUGAAGAGGAGGAUGAGGGGUACGACCAGCUCCCGCCUCCCCAGCCUCGCCUGUUCCGUACAGGGUCUAUGCAGCGGGGUGGCCUGCCCCACUCUCACACCUUCUCCAGCAUCAGAGACUGCAAACGCAGCUCAACCAACCCUCAGUUUUCUCUCGGUGGACUCUCUCCGUUCUCUGGACCUUCUAGCCUGAUUGUGGAAAAUCACGCAGCAUACAGGAGCAACACAGACAAGUUACGGAAAAGCAUGCCCAACCUGAUCCGAGCCCCCAGCAUGCCCAGUGUUCCCAGUAUUCCAUGCCUGGCUUCCCCUGCCAACCCAUCCUCCUCCCACGGCCCCUCCUCUUUGCCAACGAUGCCCUCCCUCCGCAGCAGCCAAAGCUUUGACUCAUCCAAUGGCCUCGCACGACUUCAGUCCUCCAUCCCUCCCCCAGGCCAGCUCAGUCAGAGAGUCCAGAGCGUCGGGAACUUCCACACCAGUCUGCGGCACCCACUAAAAGCCACCGCCUACGUAAGCCCCACAGUGCAGCAGGGUCCCACCUCCACCUCCCUGCCCACCUCCACCAGUCUGAACUCCAUCCACAGCAGUGUUACGUCUCUUCAGCCUCUCAAACCCAGCAGCAGUGGCAGCUUGCUGCCACAUGCUCUGAAAGCCGCGCCCCGCAGCUCCCUGCCUCGCCCAGCCUCCUUUGUAGGAACAAACGGAGUUCCGCGUUUGAGUAAAAUUACUCAACCAACACGUAGUUUUCUGGCUCCUCCUAAGAGCCUGGCUGCUCUGAGUGCCCUGAGGGACGGCACUUGGAAAGACGGCUGCUACUGAGUCCGCCGUGAACUGAGAGGUGCACAGAUUAAUGCUGCAAUGGACACAUCCGAUUCAAAUCUGCCAGGAGGGUCUGUCGCGAGGGACAUGAAUACAAAGCACUACACUUGACUGAGAGACACAGACUGAGAACGUUUGGAUCCAGCCGGCUGGAUCUCCUCUGCUUAAAAACGACCACAUAACAGGCAAAACUCUAAUUUAAAGAAAAGAAAGUUGCUAAAUGUGAAAAAAGAACUUGUUGGUGUUUUUUUUUUGUGUCUGUUGAUAUUUACAGAUUUAAUUCAGUACAAACAAACAUUUCACUUAAGCUGAAAGCUCAAAAAUGAAAGAUUCUUUGCUUUUCUACGUGCUGUUACUGAUUUUGUUUCACUUAAUUGAAUAUUUUUGUCAGAAUAUGAAGUCAAACAUGAGAUGAACCUUAAAUUAAACUAAAGUAAUAUCCUGUGCCUGUUAAAAAGUACUGUAUUACAUGCUGGUUGGGUUUAUUUUUGCAGCACUUUGGGUCAGAAUCAUGAUUAGCUUAUUAAAAUAAAGGAUUUGAUUUAUUUCUUAAACCAAGUUUAUCAUUUAUGUCAGUGUGCACAAUUCAGCUUAAGACUAGUUCUUUUCUGUUUACAUGAAAAUGUUUGAUAAAUAUGACUGCUGCAGAAAUAUUGCACAUUGAGCCCUAAAGCUUUUUAUAGAUGGCAAGAAGUGAAAGAGGAUCAUUUUUAAAGUAAAUAAAACAUUUCAGUAUAUACUUUUAC